AUGGUUUCCCUAGCUCAAGUCCAGUCGUCCAAUGCCCAAAUCGCCACUGCGCUUCCAUCCGGUCUCGUCGCGGUCUUCGUCGGCGCGACCAAUGGCAUUGGCGAGUACUCGCUAAAAGAAUUUGCUCGUUGCGCGAAGCAUCCUCGCGUGUAUUUUGUCGGUCGCUCACAGGAAGCAGGCGACCGCAUCUCGAAAGAAUGUCGCGAUUUAAGCCCCGGAGGCGAAUUCAACUUUAUCAAAGCAGAUGUUAGCCUGUUGGAAUCCGUUGACGAGGUCUGUCGCGAGAUUAAACGCAAAGAGAAGGCUAUCAAUAUUCUCUUUUUGACUUGUGGCUCAGCCCUUACUCACGUUGACACAUCCGAAGGUCUUCACAUCUUCAUGGCGUUGGCAUACUAUGCCCGCGCCCGAUUCAUUGUCAACCUCCUCCCGCUCAUUCGACAGGCCCCAAGUCUUCGGCGAGUCGUCACGGUGCUGGCAGCAGGACACGAAGGCCAGAUCUUCAAAGAUGACUUCCAAUCUCGCAAUAUCCCAUUCCGCAGUGUGCGCGGACACAACGUCUCCAUGACAGAUAUGAUGCUUGAGCAACUCGCCAGAACUGCCCCUGAAGUCAGCUUCGUGCACGAUUACCCAGGUCCCGUGAAGUCGGGCUUUGGAAGAGAAACGAACAGUAUUCUGAUGCGCGUCGCGAUCACGAUUUUCAAAAUCAUCGGACCUUUGGUUUAUAUUCCUACCAAGGAGUCUGGAGAGAGGCACUUGUUCUUUGCGACUAGUGCGCGUUACCCGCCACUGGGCGUGGAAAGUGCGAAAGCCGGCGUGCCUGUGCCCAGCGGUGUUCCUGUGGCUGUUGGGACGAACGGGAAAGAAGGGAGUGGCGUGUAUGCCAUUAAUUGGGACGGAGAGAGCGCAGGAUCGAAGUCACUGGGUGUGCUAACGAAGAUGCGUGAUGAGGAUAUGGUGAAUCAGGUGUGGGAGCACACGGUGUCUGAGUUCAAGCGAGUCACUGGAUCAGAGAGCCUCAAUGACGAGGAGUAA